AUGCAGCGCGAGCCCUCGCGCUUGAAUUCCACAAGAACAACGUUCAGCUCGUCUACGGCGGCGGGACCACAAAUCAUGGGCGAACUGGCAAAGACGCUCGUGUCUCUCUCCGGACCACAGGCCGUUCACGGCAUAAUUCCCCGUGCGCUGGUCCACGUAUCCGCGAAGCACGACGGCCCCGAAUUGAACGGGGGCGCGAAAGCAGCGGAACGAGUCGUCCCGUCAUCAUCACUGGAUAUCGAUGAAUAUGGAAUUUCCGAGUCCGAAUAUGGAAUCACAGCGAUUGUGCCUGACAUGCACAGCAAGCGGCUGAUGGCGACGAAGGUGGUGGAAGGUGGACCGGGGUCGGGGUUUGUUUCACUCGCUGGAGGAUUCGGGACGAUUGAAGAGUUGAUGGAGAUGACAACGUGGAAUCAGCUGGGAAUUCAUGGCGUUGAGAUUGUAUUGUUGAAUGUUAAUGGGUUCUGGGAUGGGCUCAUAAGCUGGUUGCACCAGGCGAUUGAGCAGGGAUUCAUCAGCCCUGAGAAUGGGUCCAUUCUGGCAGUAACACGCGAGGUCUCUGAGGUUGUGUUAAUGUUGUCGCAGUAUCAAAGGAGCUCUGAUCGGAUGUUGCUGAACUGGGGUGACAAGUGA